AAAUUUAUGGUUAUCCUCGUCAACCAUCGAGGUAGGGCAACCUUGUCUCGGAAAAACUUUUUUUUUUUUUUUACAUACGCAUUCAUUCGUGUCUAUUGUGUACUUUUAUUAACAUUAACGCUUGAAUAACAGGAAUUUAAUUCAACGUAUAAUGGAAAUAGAAAUUGAAAACAAGCAAGUACUGUCGGUCGAAAUUGUAUAAAAUUAAAAUUACUAUCAAUCAAAUUUGUCCACAUUGCUGGUGAUCCUAGACUAUAGUCCUCUGUAUGUUUGCCCGAAGUGUGACCUCAUGAUGUGCAGAUCAGGUGGUGACCAGAUUUAACCAGAAUUUAACAAUCGCAUUACAUGGGCGUUUUCAUGAUCUAACGCUUGAGUUAGAACACGAUGUGUAUUUUACUAACGGGUGGCUCUAUUUAUUUAUGGGCUUAACUCUCCAGCAUAGACAAAUCUUUUGUGCAUCGUUUUAUGAUGGAAGUUAUGAAGGAGAUUGUAAUGAACAUAACGGCAUCAGUAACCCAUACCAGGAACACAUUCGGGCAAAGCGACAGCAACAAGCGAAUAACCAGUCUCUUGCAGACCAACAAAGCAUAGUGAUCGAAACGUCGAGUUGUGACCGAUUGCAACCACUUCUUUCCAGAACCACUAGAUAUAGAGAGAAUAAUAUAGAGAGAAAGUCUUGUGUCAGCAACUGCCAAGUUCUAAUCGCUUCAGUUCAAGAAAGGAACAACUAGUGAAACCAACAAAGAUGUCCGAUGAUUUACAAGGAAAGAUACUCACAGUUUGUGGACCGAUCGAACCACAUGAGUUAGGAUGCACCAUGAGCCAUGAGCACCUGUACGCAGACUUCACGUGUUUCUACGAGAAGCCGAAGACACCAGAUGGACACAGGAUGGCUGCAUUUCCCAUCACCACAGUGAACAAUCUACACUGGCUUAACCAAAAUCCGUACAGCAAGUUGGAGAAUAUGAAGCUGGAUGACGACGACGCCAUUAUAGAAGAGCUUCAUUAUUUGAAAGAAAAUGGCUGCCAAUCGGUGGUGGAGUUAACGAUUCACGGGUUGGACCGAAACGUCGGGAAACUCAUUGAAUAUUCAGAAGCUACUGAUUUGCAUAUCGUCUCAGGGACAGGUUACUACACAGCAGACACGCAUCCACCAGAGCUAGACAGAAUGACGCAGGAGGAUGUGGAGUUGAUGUUUACUUCUGAAAUACUUGAAGGGGCAGAUGGGAGCGCUGGACGGUGCGGGGUCCUCGGAGAGCUCGGGUGCUCCUGGCCCAUUGAAGCUAAUGAAAAGAAAGUUCUUCGGGCCGCGGCUAACGUCCACUCUGAGCUUGGGUGUCCCCUCACUAUUCAUCCAGCAAUGAAUGCAAAUGGACCGGAUGAGGCAGUGAGGGUCUUACAAGAAGCUGGAGCAAAGAUGGAGAACGUUGUCAUGGAUCAUCUUGAUGUGGGUUAUCUUUCACGGGAGGAAGUCUUGGAAUUUGCAAGGCAUGGCACCUAUCUAGAAUUUGACUUCUUCGGUUCCGAGAAGGGCAACUGCCAGUUUGCCGAGGAUGUGGACUUCUUAAAUGAUGCCCAGAGGAUCCAGACCAUAAGACACCUUGUACAAGAAGGAUUUGAAGACAGGAUUCUCCUCUCUCACGAUCUGCACGCCAAGCAUCAAAUGAUGAAGUACGGUGGAUUUGGCUUAUCACACAUCAUGCUUUAUGUCCUUCCAAAGAUGGAGACCAGAGGUUUAUCAAAAGACGUCAUCAAGAAAUUCGUUGAGACGAAUCCACAGACGUGGUUGACAUUCACAAAAUAAACAUGAUUUUAUGAGCAGAGCUGCGCCUCAGCUUUUUGAACUCAAAUUGGUCGUCGAAAUUGCGAUGUAAUAAUGGAAAAAAAACAUAAUACCCUUGUCACACGAUUGCGGGUUCCCUCUCCCCUAUAGGGUUUCUGUCUGCCAGGAGGAACUUUAGACUGAAUAAAGUAAUGAGUUAUAUUUUUUAUUAUUUUAUCAUCAUUUGUUUGUCUCUGUGUGUGACACUUGUUAUAAAUAAUUCCUAAUAAGUCUAGAUUUGUUAACGGGUUUGCAAGCGCUUUCAUCAUGGAGAAACUGAAGUG